CUCCCCCAGCCACCCAGCUUCCCUCAAACAGCUCCCACAGUAGCCUGUCACCCUCGUGUGGUCCCCCAGUACCUCUGGCCUCUGUUAACACUCAAUCCCCCUUCCCCAUCCCCAUUUUCCUGCACCCCCAGAGCCUUUCCUUGCAGCUCUCCUGCACCCCCUAGCCAGGUAGUAGCCCCCUUUCCCUACCUGCCCCCCCUUACACCAGCAUCCUGCCUUCCCUGCCUGCAUGCCCCAGCAUUUCCACAAACCUAUAACCCCUGGAUAAUCCUGACUACCACGUCUCCCUACCCAACAUACCCUUCUUCCCCUUUACCCCUCUUCAUACUCCCCCACCUAGCUGCCCCCCUUUCCUCCCAGCUAGCCCUUCCCUGGAUUUCACCCCUUGCUUGGGCAUCACAGCCUGUCCUGGCACUGUGUUUGGGGCAGGAACAUGUGUUUUGGGGGAAGAAAGAAUGAUGGGCACACCCCAUCCCACCCUGUACCCAAGUGGGGGGGAUUUCUCCCAUGGUGGCAGUGUCCCAGGAGUCCCAUGGGGAGACCUUUGCCCCAUCUCCCUUCGGUUUCUGUGACGACCAGGCGUGCAGGCGGACUUUGGAGGGGCUGGUGGGUGAUUAACCAUCUUGCAGCUCUUUCCCCAGAGCUUUGCAGCCCUGCUCCCAGACAUGGCACCUGGGAAGCCUGGGAAGAGCGCGGGGGCCUCAGAGAACCCCUCGGUUACGCUUUUCCGGGAGUACCUGAGGAUUGACACUGUCCACCCAAAACCUGACUACGAUGCAGCUGUCCAGUUUCUGGAACGUGUCGGCACCGAGCUGGGCUUGGCCUGCCAGAAAGUGGAGGUGUGCCAGGGCCGUGUGGUGCUGGUCCUGACGUGGCAGGGCACGAACCCCCGCCUGCGCUCCAUCCUCCUCAACUCCCACACUGACGUUGUGCCUGUCUUCGAGGAGCACUGGACCUACCCCCCCUUCGAGGCAGUUAAAGACUCACAAGGCAACAUCUACGCCCGGGGUGCCCAGGACAUGAAGUGCGUCUCCAUCCAGUACCUCGAGGCCAUCCGGAGGCUGAAGACAGAAGGGAAGUCUUUUGCCCGCACCAUCCACCUCACCUUUGUGCCUGAUGAGGAGGUGGGAGGACACAAGGGCAUGGAGAUGUUCGUGCAGCGCCCUGAGUUUAAAGCACUCAACGUGGGCUUUGCCAUGGAUGAGGGCCUGGCCAGCCCAUCUGACACCUUCAGUGUCUUCUAUGGUGAGAGGAGCCCAUGGUGGAUAAAGGUGAAGUGCGCGGGUAGCCCCGGGCAUGGGUCCCGCUUCAUCAGCAACACGGCAGCUGAGAAGAUGCACAAAGUCAUCACCUCCUUCCUGGCCUUCAGGGAGAGCGAGAAGCAGAGGCUCAAGUCCGACUCAAGCCUGACCCUGGGGGAUGUCACCUCUCUCAACAUGACCAUGCUGGAGGGAGGUGUCUCCUUCAACGUGGUGCCCUCCGAGAUGGCUGCCAGCUUUGACAUCCGCAUCCCACCCACCGUGGACCUGAAGGCCUUCGAGAAGCAGGUGGCCACGUGGUGCCGUGAUGCUGGGGAAGGUGUCACCUUUGAGUUCCACCAGAAAUGCAUGGACCAACACAUCACCUCCACUGAGGAGUCGGACCCAUGGUGGAAGGCCUUCAGUGGAGUCUGCAGGGACAUGAAGCUGCAGCUCAAGCUGGAGAUCUUCCCAGCUGCCACCGACAGCCGCUACAUCCGAGCGGCAGGACACCCUGCUAUUGGCUUUUCCCCCAUGAACCGCACGCCCGUGCUGCUGCAUGACCACAACGAGUUCCUGAACGAGCAAAUCUUCCUGCGGGGCAUCGAGAUCUACGCCCGCCUCCUGACUGCCCUGGCAUCAGUGCCCCCGCUGCCCGCCGAGGGCUGAGCGCCUGGCGAGGGGCAGGGAGUGCCAAGCAGAGACACAAGGCUUUAAAAAGAGGGGCAGGGGCUCUGGGCACAGCAAAUACCUGCUCUGGUGCUGGGGAUGUAGAUGGCAUCGUGCCAUGUUGGCUGUGUUCAGGGCUGGCCUGAUGGGGACACCCACAGGGUUGUGUCCCCCGUGGUCAGGUGCCACCAGAGCCUCGUGCCCAGGUGCCUCCAGCCUUUCCUGGUGUUGUCAGUGCCUCCCCCUCUCCCUGUGCCAUCUCUGGCUGCACUGGCUGGGUGAUGAGGGGCUGGCCAGUGCCCCACUCUGCCUCCCCAUGCCUUGUCCUGCCUCCCUGCCCGCUUGCUGGGGGAGCUGGGGCCAGUGCUGCCCACUCUCCCUAUCAAUAAAUCUCCUUGGUAAGCACAGCCUGGA